CCAUUCAUUUUCAUUUAGUUUCCAUCUCUCUCUCUAUACCUUCCACUCCUCUCCAGAAUAAUAAGAGAGAGAGGGAGAGAGAUUUAAUCUAAUCUUUUUUAUUUUAUUUAUUCAUAUUCGCAUCUGCAUUGGUUUCUUCAGCCAACUUGAAGAAUCACAAACUCUUUGUGCAGGUUUUGGGUUUUCAAAGGAGAUCUAAAAUUCCUUUCACUUGUGGCACGAUAAAUGGGUCUUGUUAUUAUAUAAGAAGACGCCAUUAACACAGAUCUUCGCCAAGUCAAUGCUUUGAUCUGAGUUCCGAUUCGACCCUGAAUCUGAAAUCAGAAGAUGAUGCGUAUGAGGACUAAAACAACAGAGUUGACUUCCAUGAAAGGAAGCUCAGCCCCUAAAGACGAGGGUGAAAACGAAUGGGAGGUCCGGCCAGGAGGAAUGCUGGUUCAGAAGCGAGACCCUGAUGAAGAACAGAAUCGUAUUCCUCCACCAACCAUAAGAGUUCGAGUCAAAUACAGAUCAAUAUACCACGAAAUCUUUAUCAGCUCUCAAGCCACAUUUGGAGAACUGAAGAAGAUGUUGACUGGACCAACAGGAUUACAUCAUGAAGAUCAAAAGCUGAUGUACAAAGAUAAAGAAAGGGCUUCAAAAACGUUUCUUGAUGCUGUGGGUGUCAAAGAUAAAUCAAAAAUGGUAUUGGUGGAAGACCCAAUUAGCCAAGAAAAGAGGUAUUUGGAGGCUAGAAAGAAUGCCAAGAUGGAGAAGGCUGCCAAAUCGGUAUCCGAAAUUAGCCUGGAAGUGGACAGGCUUGCCGGCCAGGUGUCGGCGCUUGAAUCGGUUAUCUCUAAAGGAGGGAAAGUGGCAGAGAAGAUGGUAUCAAAUCUGAUCGAGUUAUUGAUGAAUCAACUGCUUAAAUUAGAUGAAAUUAUGGUCGAUGGAGAUGUAAAUUUACAGAAGAAAAUGCAGGUUGAAAGGGUGCAGAGAUACGUUGAAACUCUUGAUGUUUUAAAGGUCAAGAACUCAACAGCAGGCAACAAAGGGAAUGAGAAUCAUGUUCCCAAGCAGGCGCCGUCACAACUCCGACCAAACAAAGAAUCCAACGAGCAUGGUGGCAACCACCACCCACAGCCACAAUCUAGGCGUUCAGUUGGGAAAUUUUCACCAAUGGCAGCGCCAGCUCAACAGCAAGAGCCGUCGAGUAAGAACACGUCAGGGGCAGUUGUGGUAACCACACAAUGGGAGACUUUUGAUUCCUUGCCGACAAUUUUUCCGGCCCCACCGUCAACAUCAACAUCAACCACCAGCCAAACAAUGCAACCCAACUUCAAUUGGGAUUUGCUCUAAAGUAGAGUUCAAAAUGUCUGUUUUAAUGUCUGUGUGUGAACGCGUGCCUUUUGGAUUUUUGCUCCAACUUGGUUUGGCAUCCCUCUUCAUUCUUUUUUGUACCUAGAGUUUUUUUUUUUCUUUUCCUUUUGGGUUAGCAUCUUCUCUUUUUCGUGUGCCAUUUCCUUCUCAAAUAAAAGGGAUUACUAUAAUACUAAUAAGCAUCACUUUAAUUUUCUUCUGUCA